AUGCAUUCGAAUAGUAAUACUUCGGACCCAUCGAACAAUGAUCAACACCACCACGAUAAUGGCACAACUUUUGAAGAAAUAAAGAAGUUAAGUUCUUCACCAACUCUAGCUCGAAAGGAAAAGGCACCUUCGCUUGGCACCUCUCCUUCAAACAAUAAUUCAAUAAUCCAAUACUUUAUUCGAAAGCGUUCAAAAAGUAUUGACCUCAAGGAAAGUAAAAGCAACCAUCGAGUCAUGAUGCCACUCCACUGUAUCCUCAAACACAAUUAUCAUGAAAAGAUUUUACGAGAAUCAACUAAUCCUUCUCUCCUCAAUCGUUCACUUUCUCUGGCGAAUCUAACCUCAAGUCCAAAUUCACCUCUCGUUCAAAGUCCAUCCUCUGAAAAUCAUCAACCUCCUCUCCUGAUUCAUUCUCCACGUGGUGGUAGAAGAGAUUCAGUUUCCUCAUCAGAUAGUUCAUCAACUGAAGAUUCUUCAUCCUCUUCAUUUGUUACUUCAUCAUCUGACAGUCAAUCCACACUGAAAUCACCACUUUCAAUGAAAGAAACAGAUUUUGGAAAUGUAAACUUUAUCAGAGAAACAUUUACUGAUUAUCUAUCUCAAACCAAAGUACUCGGCAUUAAACAAGCAAAUGUUAAAUUACUAUUUUUGGAUCAUUUUUAUGAAAUUUCGAGACCAUUCUCAAAGAAGGGAUUUGAAAAUGGAAAGGAGGUGAUUCGAUUGAUGGAACAGUUUUGUAAAUGUUUUGUGAAUUUUAGUAUUGAUAGUUAUAUAAUAGAUAUGGAGUUGAUUGAGGAGAAAAUUCAUUCGGGAGUUGAAUUUCCUUAUUUAAGUCACUUGUAUUCGAAUUCAAAUUUUGGACCUGUGAGACAUGAAGCUUUGGAAGCUGUCAUGAUUGAGGUUUGCAACAAGUUGUUAAAGAAACAAAAUCAAAAUACAGAAAUAGUCACAGGACAUGUCGAAACUGAACUAAUAACCAAAGAAGAAACUUUGCUUUUGAAAGAUGUAACAGAAAAAAUACAACUCGUAUGUGAAAUGUUCUAUACUGAGCUUCAGGAUGUCUUUUCCUAUUUUCAAGCUCACAAAAAGUAUAGAUCCAUGAUUAGUGUGUGGCUCAAGAAGGGCAUUGAUAAUCAAACUAUUCCACUUCAUGUACUCGAUCUUUACAAGAAGAAACUCGAAGGGGAUGAAAAGGCUCUCAAUACUUUCAAAUUUUCUGAUGAAGAUUUCAAGGCAAAGAAUAUCAUUGAUAAGGAUUGGAAUUUUGCCAAGUAUUUCUCUCAGGAUAUUUCCACUGAUUGGUACGUUUCGUGUAGAGAUGAGAAAUAUGUACAGUGGAGUACGAAAACUGAAUAUUCGUAUAAUGAUAAGGAUCUGAGAGCUUCAAAAUUGAUUGGAAAUUUGAAUUAUCCUCUCGAAAAGAUUGUAAAAUCAUUCAAUACUGAAAAACAUUUAGCUCAAUCAUUUACUAACGUGAAAUUUCAUGAGUAUAAUCCAAUUAAUGAAUCUAGCUCUUUGCAAAAGUAUCCAUCAGGAAUUUUAACGUCUAAAUUGAAAUUUGGACCACUUUUGAAGAAGAGAAGUGUUAAGGUAAUUUUCUCGACCAAAACGAAAUUUAUUGGAAAUGAAAUGUCAGAAUUUAUUCUAUUCUUCAAAAGUUGUGAUUAUCAGGAAUCAGGAAAGGACAUUCCAGUCACAGUAAUUGGAUGCAGAGUUUUUACAAAACUUGACAAGAAUCGAACAAGAUUCUUGCAAGUUCGAAUGGGUAAUCUGGGUGGAUUAUUGAAUACAUCUCUAAUUAUUCACAACAAGUUGUCAUUUAAAUUUGUUUCAUCACAACAAUUUUUUUUUUCAUUGAAGGAAUAUUUUAGGAAACACCUACCGCCACCUUAA